GCGCCGUAAUACAGAGCAUCCCCUAUGUACUUUUUCCUUAUACAUCGCACGUACCCUUUCACUAGUUUCCACCACAUGUAAACACAAACCUUAAAAUUCUCUUCAUGAACUAUAGACCUUACAUAUUCGAUGUUAAUACAGGGUGAUUACAAAACUUUGUUUUUUUCACGAACUGUGAGUGAUGUGAGGUUUUGUGGUGUCCAUGCUGCUUAUAUCGUUAUAUUUUCAUCUCCCGUGCCCUUUUAGACCUGGUAGUAAUAGAUAGUUUCUCACAUGGCCGAAAACGAAAUUGCACAGGUGAUCGCAUUCAUAUGUGGCCUCAUAGUGAUAAUUCUUAUGAUAAUGGGCCUGGCAUCGACGGACUGGCUAAUGGCGGAUGGAUGGCGACAAGGCCUUUUUAUGUACUGUAUCGCAGAUGACGCUCAACAACCAUUGCCUUUUAACGUACAAGAAGCCUCCGGUUGCUACCCCUCUCGAAACGAAAAUUAUAUCCACGCAGCAGCCGGCUUAUGUAUCAUAACAUUAAUUACAGAUUUAGUAGCCACUGUUUUAACUGGUUUGGGACUGCGAACAAAAGAGCAUCAUACGAAAUAUAAAUAUUACAGGUUUGGAGUAAUCGUUAUGGGAUUAUCAUUGGUCUCCAUUCUUAUAGCUUUAAUUAUAUAUCCUGUAUGUUUUGCUGCCGAAUUAAAUCUAGGUAACCGAAAAAUUUGGGAAUUCGGUUGGGCAUACGGAGUCGGCUGGGGUGCAGCGAUAUUCUUGUUCGGUGGUGUAGUACUUUUACUGUGCGACAAAGAGAGUGAAGAAAUUUACUACAAAGAAAGAAAGAUAGUACAUGACAAUGACUCGAGAGCCUAGUGGCCACAAAGUCUGCCCGAUGUUGUUCUCUGAUUGUAAGAAGUGUGCAGUCGCUUGUCUCAUAGGGUGAAUGUGUUUUAAGUGCGCCCAAUCGGUUUGAAUUAUUUUAUUUUAUUUCAAUUUUGGCGAAACCGUUUUCAUUUCUGACCGUAUUUAACAUAUCAUCGGAUUGAAUUUUUAUUUUAGAAAUUGAAGCCGAUUGGGAAUUUAAUUAUUAUUAUUUUGCUUGCCUGGUAUUCCCGCCAGUCAGCAGUUUUGUGCUCGUUACCAUUAUGUAAGAGCACCUUUUAUGCAGUCGACCAAUUUUUGUUAUGUGACUGCGUAAAUUUGCUCAAUGAAUGUGUGCAUUGUGCGACUGAGAGACAACCCGGGCAGGCUAGCUGUGUGUAAUAAGACUUGUAUUUAUAUCAUACUAAUUAUAAUGAUACAUACCAACACAUUUACUUAUGCACUUAUUAUUCGUCUUCGUUAUUUGUUUUUACAUUAUUUACAAUAGAUAGUGCGUAGGUCAAUUUGUCGUAAGAGAUUUAUAUUUGUAGACUUAAGCAUUGUAGAAUUGGUGGUAAACUUUUGUAUUUUUCUUUAUACUUGACAAAUUUUUUUGGAAUAUUUUUUUAGGUUGGGUAAACGAACUAAGUUUUUGAAGAUUGUAUAUUGCAAUAACGGAAAAUAUACCAGGACAAUUAACAUCAAAUGACCUUUUGUAGUGAAUUUGAGAUGAGUUAUCCCAUUCAAUUAUCUCACGGGCAUUAAGUAUUAUAGUUAAUCUUAAUCUUCCAUGUUUUUUAAUUGUUUCGAUUUCUUAUAUUAAAUUUAACAUAGUCGAGAAUAUGUAGAAUUUAAAUAGAUAUUCGACUAGCGGACGAAUCUUCAACUUUAUUUGAUAAUGUUGAUUUGUGACGUGUGUAGUUUAAUACUUUUAUACAUUCGAAGUGAACCGAAAGGCAGCUAAUUUUCUAGUCUGGAAUGAAACGAUACGAAAGAUUUUGCAGCUAUACAAGUUUAUUUCGCACAACUUUCUCUUCUCACUAAAUAGUUGCAAACUUUUGUAUUCUGGACCAAUU